CCGGAGCAGUGUGGAGCGUGAGAGGAUGCUGGAGACACACACGCGAUGCUCACUGCUAUGUGUAGGUUUAUCCUUCCCCAAAGGAUGACUGCGGACGGUUGUGACUCUGUGGAGGGCUUGCAAACAUCGGCUGCAGAUAUGCUGAGCGCCAACAUCUCCAAGACAUUGCGCGAAGACAAUGUCACCAAGAACUCCAGCUGUGGAUCCGUAUCAGUGGGUUUCCCUAUCACCAUGAUGAUCACCGGCAUGGUGGGCAACUCUCUGGCUCUCAUCCUGGUCUACGUCUCCUAUAUAAAGAAGGAGAACAAAAGGAAAAGGUCGUUCCUGCUUUGCAUUGGAUCUCUGGCGCUCACUGAUCUGUUUGGACAGCUGCUGACGAGCCCAAUAGUCAUAUCAGUUUACAGAGCUGACCUGAGCUGGGAGCGCAUCGACUCAUCGGGCAAACUUUGCGCCUUUUUCGGCGUGUGCAUGACAACUUUUGGCCUGUGCGCGCUCUUCUUGGCCAGUGCCAUGGCGAUUGAGAGGGCCAUGGCGAUAACGAACCCACACUGGUACUCCAGCCAUAUGAGGACAAGUGUGACUAAGCAGACCCUGGCUGCCAUCUGGUUCCUGGUGCUGCUCUUUGCGCUGCUGCCCAUCGUGGGGGUCGGGGAGUAUACGCGUCAGUGGCCGGGCACCUGGUGCUUUAUCAGCAUCGGAGACAGAGAGGUCCCAGGCAACAUGUUCUUCGCCAUCACUUUCGCGGUGCUGGGGAUUUUCUCUCUGCUGGUGACCCUGUCCUGUAACGUGGUGACGAUCCGGGGCUUGAUUGUCCGGUGCAAAACCAAGUCCGGCACGUCCCAGUCCUCCAAACAGUGGGAGCGACUCACCACGGAGACCGUCAUUCAGCUGUUAGGGAUUAUGUGCGUCCUUCUCGUGUGCUGGUCCCCUUUACUGGUACUGAUGCUGAGGAUGAUCUCCACCCAGGUCUCCUCCCACGAUUGCAACUCCAAAGUGGGGAUAUCCACCAACUCCUCUAGCCGGGACGUCAGCUUGGACUGCAACUUCUUCCUGACGGCGAUCCGCCUGGCCUCCCUCAACCAGAUCCUUGACCCGUGGGUCUAUCUGCUCCUCAGGGAGAUCCUCCUCCGCAAGUUCUGCAUCGUGGCCAACGCCGUGUCCAACUGCUCCCUGGAGGAUCGCAAGGAGAAUCGGAAUGCACUGGACGCGCUCAACAAGCAGAGCCAGGACAGCAGCAACCUUCAUAGAGCACAAAGUGGCUGAGACGACCUUUGACGUCAGAGAUGCUCUGGUGAGGCCGUGAAGCCAGGACAGAUUAGACGGAUGUGAAUGUGGACGCAGGACUGUCUUGGAAGAGGUGUGAGAAAGUAAAAAAAAAAGGAAUAUUUUGACACAGAAGGAUAUUGUGCAACGGGAGACAAGAGUAGUCCCUCUAAUGCAUUGUCAAUGAGAAGCAUUCUACUCAGCUCUGGGUGCAUUUGUUUUGCUUUCAACACAUUCCAUUCAAAGUCACCUAACCAGCAUGUGGACGCAUGACCGUGUCACUUCUUGCAUUCGGCUCCGGCGCGGCUGCCAGGAAUUCUCUCUUUGCUACUUUUCUGUUUUGAUAACAUCUCCCACGUGCAGCCGCUGAAUAUGUGUGACUUUAAACUGACUUAUAUGGAAGCGGUGCAUCUCAUCCUGCCUUUUUUUUAGUCUGUGAUCUGAGUCACUGCUUUCAACAACUUGAAGCCAUGAGCCAAUUUAAGGACAAAUCAAUGGCUGUUGUGAAUGUCUGUAAAUUGAAAAAAAACUGUGUAAAUUGCUCACAUGAAGUUGUAAAUAGCUUUGUUGUAUCUUACAUGAAAUGUUAUCGCUGGACAUUCAGAAGAAGAAAAAAAAACUGGAGCCAACUGUUUAUUUUAAGUAUUUAUUAAGAGUGUUGCUGUCGUGUGAGGUCAAGUUGUUUCUGAGCAAAAUGCUGGUGAUGGUUCCAGUCGGGAGUCGGCUGUUGUAAAUUUUAUAAUACACUGUACACGGUGUUCCUAGGCAACCAGCUGGGACUCUGAAAUGUGAAGCUUCUCAUUUGUCGCCAUGUGUUUUAGACGCGUUCAUGAUCUGUAACACGUCCUGACAAGGGGUCAAAUCUCACCAGCCAAAUCUUUCCUGGAAAGAAAAAAGAAACAUAAUUGCUGGAGUCUUAUGACCAGUCAUGUCAAAAUAAGUGGAGGAAUAGGUGCUGUUUGGAUAAAAUGAUGACCAGCAGAAAAUAUAAUGGAAAUCUAAAGGUCAUGUCCAAACUGUCCAAAACUCAAAACAGUACAAACUAUAAAAAGAUUAAAAAGCUUUUUUGGCAUGUUUGAAGCUGCUGAACACAGUUUUUUGUGGUUUUAGAAACCUCUUAACAAUGGAUUGUGGUCACAUUAAAAUAGUUCUGCCUGUGCAGAGGGUUGUAGCUGCAGCUACAGAAAGUUUAAACCAGCUAUAUAAAUUCGCCUCAUGCUUUUAAUCUGAUGGUGAUUAAUUUGGACGUUUUUAAUGUGUCCUUUGAUAUUCCAUCUUUUAUUUCUCUCUCAUCUCCCCAACUGUUCUUGUUGCGUUGAUGCUGAAUGAUCAUUUCCUUUCAUGUGUUCAGUGCAAUGUCUCAGAGGUCUCAGAUGAAAUCAAGGCAUGUUCUAAUGAGGUGCUUGUCUCCCAGCUGACUAAAUGUAAUUGACAAAGAGCGCUGGAAUCUAUUUCUUUUUACGGUGGUGUAAACAUUUUCGAUGGGGUCUUGUAUAACACCAU